AUGCCCGACCUUGACGGCGGAUCGGUCGUCGCCUGGAUGUACGACAUGGACGCAGCACGUGGAUGCGGCACACUGACCAAUUUCGCGGACUUCACAAAGCACACCAAGGGGAGCGCCUGUCCCCGGUGUGAUACGCCGUUCUUCAAAGAAGAAACCAAUGUCCGCAAUCUCUUCAGCAAAUGGUUGAGUGACGCCGCACUCACACUAUCAUCGACUAUCGACUGCGAAGGCUGUGGGGCACUGUGUUGCAUUUACUGCGCACAAAAGCACCCCAUAGAGCCAGCAGGCUAUGCCAAGUACGGAUCGCAUAGCCUCUCUUGGUGUUGUGAUGACGGCCGCCUCUUUCUCAUCUGGGCGUUGCUGUGCGGAUUCGACCAAUAUGCGAAGGAAUGCAGCGACAUCGAAAAGAAGCGCAAGCCAUCGGCAUCGAAGUCAAAUGGUCAAAUUAAGAAUCGCGCACAUGACGAUAGUGCAACACCCAAGGGCAGGCACCAUCUGCUCUCCAGCGGUAUUGGUUACGGACGGCAUGGUAGUCCGCAAGAAUCUAUCGAGGGUCCCGAUCAAUCAGGUAAUCAGUCUUCGUUGUGGAGGCUGAGCGCACAGCGCGCCGCAGAUGACACGGGCACAAUGACCCUGACGCUUUUGCAAUAUCUGCUUCCGUCUAUUGAUCGCAAGACACGCUUCGACAUUGACACUCCAGGCGCGGUGCUUGAGAUGCUUAUGAACAGCAAGGUACUCAGCUACUGCGCUGAGCUACUGCGGAACGACCAACUCGUCGACAUUACCAGGCGCAAGCACGUCUACAUGUCUUUGACCAAAUUUCUGGAAACGAUUGGCUCGCAUUCCAGCACGAACGAAGCACUAUUCUCGCCCCACAUUAUACGCCCUGACAUGGUCAAUAUCUUGACACUAUCACUCUGCGAUGAUGUUACUGCACCGAAAGAAAAAGGUCCUAUACUGGCGGCUUGCUGUCGUAACCUCUUUGCACAAAGCUCUGUGUUUCUGAAGAAUGCGGAGGCAAACAAGCAAGACUUCCAAGAUGACGAAGGCCAGGAUAUGAUAGCGAUCUGUCGCGAAGUAUCACUUCUUGCAGAGUUGGUCGAGCUAAACACUACAUCGGCCGCCAGGGAUCUUGCAGUGAAAGAAUUACCUGGCAUCCGAAUCAAAUCGACUUACAAGUACGCCGAAAAAGGAGCAAAGCUCAUGCAGUCUCCGCCAGGACGACUCAAACGCUUGAUCAUCGAGAUCACGACACUCCAAACAAGUCUUCCCCCGGGAAUAUAUGUCCGCUAUGCCGAAGACAGGCCUGAUAUCCUCAAGUGCGUCAUCACCGGCGCUGUUGGCACUCCUUACGAAAACGGACUGUUCGAGUUCGACAUAUACUGCAAUGAGAACUUCCCAAACGCACCUCCCGAUGUUACAUUCAAGGGCACAGGAGGCGGCAAGAUAAGCAUCAAUCCGAACCUGUACAGAAACGGCACCGUGUGUCUCUCUUUACUCGGAACCUGGCCAGGAGAGUCUUGGAACCCUGCAGUAUCGACACUGCUGCAGGUCCUGGUAUCCAUCCAAGCCAUGGUACUGUGCGAGGAGCCAUGGUACAAUGAACCAGGACGAGAGACGCAGUAUAGAUCUGGCAAGAAUAGUCCUUCAGGAGCCUACAACGCCGACAUCCGUAAAUUGACGGUCCGCUACGCUCUACUGGAUUGGCUUGACAAACCCUCGAGCCUCUGGCAAGACGUCGUAGACUACCACUUCAAGGAGCACGGCAAUGCUAUUCUACAGACGGUUGAGCAGUGGGCAAAGGAGGCGGAUAUACCAAACACACGUCGUGUAUCUUGGUCCGAGAUUUACGAAGGCGAUAUUCGGCCGGUUCGUGACACUCUGAGUGUGGGCAAUAUGCUUUCAAAGGUGGAGGUUGCGCUGUACAAAUACGGCACCACUUUCAGGAUCACCUACGUCGCGCCUGUCGUCGAUGAAAAUAAGCUGCCGCCUGUUCCUAAGGUCCAACUUCCGCCUCCACCCCAGCUUCCGCCUCCGCCUCUGAUGUCGUUCGGCAGUAUGCAUUACGGUAUGCCGUUCCCGCCUCCACCUUACAGCCACACAUGGUUACAGAAUACCCCGCAAUCGCCCAUUCCGCUGCCUUCGUUGCCCCCUCCGGCCCCGAGUUGGUCGAGCUUGGUUGCGGCCGACUUUCCACAGCACAGUUUCGGUUCACAUCCGCCGCCUCCGCCAUCGUACUUCUCCAACGAUCAGUUUGCACAGGCGAUGAAUGCGACUGCCCCGACUAUGGCAUAUCCAGGUAGGGGUGGUCACGCAGGAGUGCCCGUGAACUCUCGUGGCCGUGGUGGUGGUAGUGGUGCAGAGACACGUGGUGGGCGCGGCGGUCUUGCUCCUGGUCAUGGUCGUGGGCAAGUUGUACCAGUAUUUCAGCUCGGGAGUGAACUACCUACAGGUCCCUAUGGAGGCCGUGGUGGACAUGGAGUUUGGGGUGUAGGUGGUGGACGUGGUGGACGUGGCGGUCGUGGUGGACAUGAUGGACCCGGUGGACGUGGUGGGCGUGGUGCUGGCAAUUUGCCUCCCGCUUAGGAAUGGUAGAGGCAGAGCAUAUGCGAGAGGCAUUGGAUCCGUCUACUCAUACGUCGACGUUGAACAGCAUGAUCGCAUGUUAAUAGGAUGGUCUCGCAUACACAUGGACGCGAGCGCAUAGCUGAGAGUCAUUACAUUCUCGAAUUCUGUAGAUGGCGUGGCUUAUCGAAUACGAUAGAGUCAAGUUUC